UUUUUUCCCGAUUUCUUCCGGGUGGGUGUUGGGCGUGCGUCCGAUCGCUGUACAGUCCUGGAACUGUUUGGAUAGUUAGCAAUUAAACAACGACAUUGUCUCGCGAGGCUGUGAAAGUGAUGAGAAACAGAGGAGCCACUUUCAGCCAGCCAACGCUUGCAUCGCUCCUUGCUUGCUCCUGGAGGAGAGGAUAGGUUUUGACAAAAAAAUUUGGCUUUGGUUGAUGCUAGGCUAGAGGAGAGCUACCAUAGCCAGGAUGAAUCCAAGCUAAAAGCCCAACAAGGGAUAGCUCCUUCUUUCUUCUUGCUCGCUCGCAUAGCCGCCAAAAAAGAGUGAGAUUGAGCAGAGCGGUGAUUUGAUUUUAUGGGAUAUAUGAUCAUCACUAGCAGCAUCAUCAUCCACUAAGGAACUAUGCACAGCAGUCGCAAGAAAUGGAUGGGAUUUCUGGGAAUCGAAGAGCUCCUCCCAAAUGACUGACUAGAACAGCGCAUCGCCCAAUUCGCUGUAGACGCGUACGUCGCCAAGCAUCUGGAAAGAGUCAACCCUUUUUUCUUCUUCUUCCCUCUUGGUACUGUCUGGAUCACGCGACACACACGACACAAGCGAGCAAAAGAGAGAUUUCUACUGCGCAUUGGGAUUUCUUCUUCCCGGAGGAAGAUGGAGGCUGUAGAUGAAAUGAUGCUGGGACAGCGACUGGUGGGCUACGGCAUUGCGAGCGUGGUGCUCGGUCUAUGGCUCCGGGACGCCUUUUGGUAAGUGCCCACAUCCAGAUCGAUCGAUCUUGGUCUUGGGUCUAGCUCCUUGCGCAUGAUUAUCAUCGAUCCAGAUCCCAGGAAGAAGAGAAGGAAGAAGAAGAGAGCUCACCAUGCCCUCUCUCCUCUGGCAGCUCCACCACUCGGAUGAUGGGUCCAAUCUAGAGAUCUCUCCAGGAGCCUCAUCAUCCAAGAAUCAUGGCAGCGAUGAUUUGCGAACGAUCAAAGAAGAAGAGGAGGAUGAACAGGAGGAAGGAGAGAGUAGUAGUGUCCCACCGGCACGACCGCCGCCACCAUCAUCGCGAAGAACACCCAAGUCGGUGUUCACCCGCGCGGAGGAUUUGCCGGGCUUGGAAUCGGCGCUGGCGUCCUUCCUGGCCGAGCACCCGAGCUUCGAAUCCACCAGCGCCGUGGACGAGACCCGCGAGUCCGACUACCCCCACCUCCGCGCCGCCAACCGGGCGUGCUUCGAUUACUGCGGCUUCGGCCUCUUCUCCUUCACGCAGCGAUUCACCGCCGGGCGCCAGAGAUCCAGCUUCUCGCUCGUCUCCGCGGGCUCCUCGGGCAGCCUCGCGGCGCAGGCCGCCUUCGCCACCACCGAGCCCAACACGCUGCAGUCGGAGCUCCGAUCCAGGGUCCUCGACUACCUCAACGUGGGCGACGGCUCGUACAGCGCGGUAUUCACCGCCAGCAAGCGCGCGGCAUUCGCCCUCGUCGCGGAUUGCUACGACUUCCGUGCCAGAUCCAAGCUCGUCACGGUCUACGACCACGAGAGCGAGUCGGUCAAGGCGUUGACUACUGCGGCGGUACGCUCAGGGGGCCGGACGUGUGCCGCGCGGUUCCGGUGGCCGACGCUGCGGCUGUGCGGCGAGCAGCUGGCGGCGGAGCUCAAGACGCGCGGUAAGGGGAGUCGGCUGCUCAAGAAGAAGACCGGUACCGCGGGCGGUACCGCGGGCGGUAGGCGGCGGGGGCUCUUUGUCUUUCCCACGCAGAGCCGAAUCACUGGGACCAAGUACUCGUACCAAUGGAUGACUAUGGCGGAGAAGCACCGCUGGGAUGUGCUGCUCGAUGUCUCCGCCAUGGGUCCUCGCGAUAUGGGAUCGUUGGGACUCUCGCUUUUCCGCCCGGAUUUCAUCAUCUGCUCGUUUUACAAGAUCUUUGGGUCGGAUCCCACCGGGUUUGGGUGCUUGCUGAUCAAGGACUCGUCCAUGGCGAGCCUGCGAUCGUCCAGCUCCAGCCCCGGGAUUGGGAUGGUGAGAGUGGUGCCGGAUCUUGGCGAUGACGAGGAGCUAGCCGAGGACCUGGAUGAGAAUGUGCUCGGAGGUCGUCCUUCUUCUUCCGCGGCUGCGGCUAGGCCGGAUCUUAUCGCG